CCUUGACACGCUAAAAGCGAGAAGGACCGAACUCUGGAAACCGUGUAGCAGUGGAAGCCCAAAUUGAGAUCAUUUCUCUGAAACAGAGGAGCAAAGCGAGAAGCCUUUAUCCAGGUGGGUGUAAAAGACAAUGGCGGCAGAGGGAGAGGAGGAGAAGGGGAGGAGGGUGAUGGUGGCCAUCGACGAGAGCGACUGCAGUCGCUACGCCCUGGAGUGGGCCCUCGACCACCUCGCCGAACCCCUCGCCUCCUCCCUGCCGCUCCUCCUCUUCACCGUCCAGCCUAUCAACACCCUCGGUUACAUCCCCGCCGCCGCCGGCUACGGCUCCGCUCAUGCUUUCGCUGCCGUGCCCCCCGCUCCUGGGUUGAUUAAAUCUUUGCAAGAACACCAGAGGAAGGCUGCCUUAGCUAUCUUGGAAAGCGCUGAGGAACUUUGUGCUAAGAAAGGGGUAGUCACAGCAAAAGUAACAGAAGCAGGAGAUCCGAAAGAAGCUAUUUGUGAAGCUGUUGAAAAGUUCAAGAUUAACUUGCUUAUCAUGGGUAGCCAUGGUCGAGGAGCCUUACAAAGUUGUAGUUGCAGACAUCUGGUGUGUUAAUGAAGUGAAGUUCCGAAGACCACCGAUAGUGGAACUUAACCCUGUCCGCCCACGAGCAAAGACUGCUUAGAUCAUUAUCAGCAGAGCUUGGGAGCAGCUCCUUUACUGCUGCUGCUGCUGCAUCACUUAAACGAGCCUGAAGACCCCAAGAAAAGCAAGUAGUCGUAUUAUUUGAUCAAAUUCACGGGCUUGGCUACAGUAUCAGCGAGAUAGGACAUUGAAGUAAUACAUGGUGACAAGGUUGAGACAGAAGUUGAGAAGAAAGAGAAAAGAUAACUGCUAUUAAUCUCAAUAAUGACUUUUGGAUCUGCCAUAACAAAGAGUUAGAUAUUUUGACCUAUAACAUAAUUAAGUGUCCUAAACUUACCUCUAUAUAAAUGAUUUAUAUAACCUUCAUAA